CCAUAUAUAUGUCAAGACAACGACCUAAGCUAGAGCAGGACAAACCAAACCCCAAGAAUUUUGCUUUAGAUUUUUUUGGUGUUUGAGAUUCAAGAAUGGCUUCUGCAGGAUCCAAAUCAGCAGCCUCCUUCAUCUUGGCACUUAAUCUAUUUCUGUACUUCAUAGUGAUUGUAAUUGCAUCCUGGGCAGUGAAUCAUGGGAUUCAUAGGUCUAAGGAAGCAGCAUCUGUCUUAUCCCCUCCUGCUAAGCUAUUUCCAAUAUACUUCCCAAUGGGAAACAUGGCAACCGGUUUCUUCGUGAUUUUGACUCUCAUUGCUGGUGUUGUGGGAUUCACAACCUCACUCACCGGAUUGCACAACAUUUUGCAGUGGAAUGCUCCCAAUCUACAUGCAGCAGCCAUGUCUUCAUUGGCCACAUGGGUACUCACUCUACUAGCCAUGGGAUUUGCUUGCAAAGAGAUUGAACUUGGAUGGACAGACUCAAACCUGCGUACCUUGGAGGUUAUCACGAUAAUUGUAAGCGCAACACAACUGUUAUGUACGGGAGUUAUCCAUGUUGGGGUUUCAGAAGUGAUUCCACACAGAAUGGGAAGAGUAUGAUGAGUUUCAGACUCAAUUUCAGGUUUAGCUGGUGGCAAUGACAUGUAUUGAUGUAUAUAUAUAUACACACUCAGUCUUGGAAAAUAAUGACCAGAAUUGUAAACUUCCUUAUUUCAAAGGAAGCAAAUUUGUGGUUUUCUGUGUUGUCUUUUUUCUUAAUUGUUUCAUUUGUGAAGUGAAAAUAAAUAACUACAGAUACAUUUUUUUUUAAGCAAA